AUGCAACUUCUCGAAUUACCGCUUCCCCUAGUACAAGAUAUCCUACGCUAUGCUGCAGCAUUGUCUUCAGACGCCAAGACAGGCCUUCGUCUCCGUCUCGUUAACCGCUUCUUUGAUCGACAUGUCUUCAAAUACCUCGCGCGCUACAACAUUGAUAUACUCACUCGCAGGAAGCGAUACCGAUCGUCCACUGAAAGCUUCAAGGUCCGCGUAGCUCGAGAACAUAUUGGCGAUGUGCCUUCCCGGCCCUGCUCAGACUUUGUCGCCCAUAUCCACGAUGUGGUUGAUGACAUUCUGUUUCUCACGUCUCAGACUCUGCUUAGCACAACGACGUCAACCCAGAUCAAGAACGUUGCAAUUGCAGGCGACCUGCAUGUUAUCAGCACACUGCUCGACUUCGCAGAUCAUCCUGCCUAUCGAGAUUUCUUCUGGGAGUGCGUCGUAGUAGAUGCAUGUGCCGCUUUCGGGGAACACAAGAUCAAGGAAAUACUCACUAAAAAGGACUGGACUAAGGCCAGGCAUGUAUGGGCGCUGAUUGUUCGUCAAGCGCGGGAACAUGGAUACAAGGAGAUUGUGGACAGAAUGGUGGAAGGGCUGCACCCUGUUGAAUUGCAAGAGGCUGGGGAAAAGGCGGUUGCUGACAGGGUAUGGCCAGACGUUUCGCAACUGUAUCCAGAUAAAGUACGCGUGUCUGGUCAGGCCUGCGCGAGGUUCCGAGAGCUGAAAGCAGCGUAUAAGAUGUUUUUGCCGGUUGGGACUGGUGAGAAUGCCACCUGCGAGGACGUCUAG